UUGAUGUUCAACGAUUAUGUUUAUUGCAAAAAUCACUUAAUGAUUUCAAUUUGUUAGUUUGCAUUAACAUGAAUGCAGCGCAAAGGAAGAAGUGCAUUACUGAAGAGAUGAAAAAGGAGGCGACGUGCAAGUUGGCUAAAUUGGAGACAUUGAAGAUUCGAGCAAUCAAUGAAAUUAGCUUUAUAUGUUCUUCUUUUAUUGAAACUUGUACUAAAGACCUUGAAUGUUUGCAGUCUUUAGUAAAUUAUGAGGAGACUAAAAAUCUUUCGUUUAGUUUGGACCAAAAAAUUACCAGAAUGUCGAAUUAUUUAACAGAACUUUCCUUACAUUGCCAAGAAAUGUUUGAAAAAGAUGGUCCAGAGGUUACCAAUGUGGGUGAAGCAGAAACAAGCAGCCCACUUAAGCUGAUGAGUUUUAAGGAACUGAAAGCCUGUCCAGCUAAUUCGAAAGCGGAAGUAAGCAUUUGUGAUCUGCCAUCCUUAGCAGACCUAAACAUAACCGAAGGUCUCGAGUUCUUGGAACUCUUAGAAACUGCUUAUAAGCCGAAGUCUGCAUCUUUUGAACAAACGGAUCAAUUCUGCAAGGCAGAAGGGAAGCGAGUCAUAUCAGGAAGGAAAGUUAAACCAGCUUCAACGGGUGAGCAUUUAGUCGUGCACCCAAAUCAACUAGAGCAACAUGCCACUCCUCGUUCAUCGGACCGAAUCUCGUCUCAUAGCACAGUUUCAGAACAUCAGGAAACUAGCUGUUCUAAGCCUCCUCCUCCCUUCAGUUUCAAACACCCCAAAACUUGCCCCGCAGUUGUCACACACGUCGAGUGUGUUAACUUGUUCUAUGUGCAAUUGACAGAGAUGAGACCGCAUUUGGAUAACCUUGAUGCCCAAAUGACGAAGCAGAUGUUUGACGGAAAAGAAAAGUUUGGAACGUUACUGGAGUGCAAAGUGGGAGGUCCUGCCGUUGUCUACUCGAACGAGUUUAAAAAUUUCUUCCGAGCUUGGACGAGACGUAUAUUGUCAGAUUCAAAUAUAGAAGUGUUUUACAUCGACUGGGGUAAUACGGACAUAGUCCCUCUGGAAAAUUGCUACACAAUGCCAGAACGCUUUUCUUCCUUGCCAGCCGGAACGAUUCCCUGUUGUCUUCAAAAACGACAAACCGGACCCUCAGAUCACGUUGAGUACACAUGGUCUCUGAACGCAAAAACGGCUUUUUCAAAAUCACUUUUAAACAAAGUGGUAAAACUUUCAAUUUUGAGAUUGCAUGGUCCGCCUUCGGAAUGUACGCAGGACCCUUAUCACAAAGUGGUGUAUGAUGUUACAAUAUCUCAGGGCGCAAAUAAUGAGGAUAUGUUUGAAAAACUGCUGUCUAAAAACUAUAAACCUCUUUGUCUAUAGCUAUAAAGGCGCUUUAGAGUUCAAAUUUUUCCCAAAUGAUUUACUAACUUCACUCACAAGAAAAUUGUUGAUUUUUGGUUUCAAAGCCGGAUCGGUUGCUGGUUCAACCAUUUAAAGCUCGCUGUUCUUUUACGCCUUCUACCUCUUUAUUUGAUCAAUCAUUCAAUGGAUAUUAUUAUGUGCAGUUGAGAAUUGUUUGUAUGUGGCAAUAUUAUCUUUUUCGAGAUGAAGCGAUAGAAAACGCGAAUGUAAUUUUGUGUUCUUUUUGUUACGUUACCCUGUAAUUGGAAUUAAAUUUGCCAAAUGCCAAUCAAAAGUGAUUGAUUGGCUUCAGCAAAUGUGUGAAUCUUAGAUUCUUUGUUUGAAUACAGUGCUGAUUUAAAUUAUCCGGACAAAACGAACAAAACUUAAAUUUUCAA